AUGGCGGACGAGGAGGGCACGGAGCUGGUCGACGUUUACGACUAUCUCUUCAAGUUCAUCAUCGUCGGCGAAGCAGGGACGGGCAAAUCGUGUUUGCUUUCAUAUCUAAUCAAUAAUACGUUCAAAGAAAACUCCUCUCAUACCAUUGGUGUUGAGUUUUCCAGUAGGGUCCUGCGGAUAGGAGCGCGCAAUGUCAAACUACAGCUAUGGGACACAGCGGGACAGGAGAGGUUCAGAGCGGUCACUCGAUCCUAUUUCCGUGGUGCAGCAGGGGUGCUGCUGGUCUAUGACAUCUCUUCUCGACAAUCCUUCGCCAAUCUCAAUCGUUGGCUCACCGACUGUCGCGCGCUGGCCUCGCCCCACCUCGUCCCAGUCCUGAUCGGCAACAAGGUGGACAGAGAGGAAGACCGAGAGGUGGAAUACGCGGAAGGAGCGCGCUGGGCGGCGGAAAACGGCCUUCUUUUCGUCGAGGUUUCGUCCAUGACCGGCGAAAACAUCCUCACUCCAUUUCUCCUCGCCUCCCGGACCAUCCUGGAAAAGAUUGACAAGGGGGAGAUCGAUCCGGAGCAAGCAGGGACAGGGAUAUCAUAUGGGGAGAGGCAGUUGCGAGCGGUGGGGAGCACCUCAAAGUUGGGCGGGUUUGGCGCACGGCGGAAGAGGAGUAGGAGCGUCAAUCUUGGAGAUAUGGUCGGGCAGCGACGGUGUACAUGUUAG